AUGAACUGGAUGGCAGCGACGUGCUGGGCUUUGCUGCUAGCCGCCACCUUCCUUUGCGACAGCGGCGAGACCAAGGGUGGCCGGGGAGGGGCUCGCGGCAGCGCCCGUGGAGGGCUGCGCGGGGGCGCACGUGGGGUCCCCAGGGUGCGCAUAAAGCCAGCACCCCGAUACUCGGGCUCCUCUUCUCUGCGCAUGGCGGGGGCAGCGUCCGCAGGCUGGAGGAGGGCCCCGGAGCCCUGGGAGAGAGGCCUAGACGACGAGGACACUGCAUCCGGCGGCAACAGGACCGGCGUCUACAGCUACCGCGCCUGGACGUCAGACGCAAGGCCACUGUGCAGUCUGCGCCUCUGCCUGCUGCUUGGCGGCGCCCUCAGCGUCCUGGGGCUCCUGCAGCCCUAG